CCGCCCGUUCCAGUUAACUAGGUCGACCCCCUUUAAGCCUGGGUCUCAGCAUCGCUCCAGCGGAGAAGCGCCCACAGCGCAGGCUGGCUCUUUUCGGCCGCAGAAGUUCCGGGUCAGCCUCUCAGGCUGCUCGGCAGUUUCAUCUGCCUUCGCUCUUACUUCGCCGCCACCAGAGUAACAGCCACCACCGGUUUUCGUUUGUUCGGGAAAUAAACCGGCUCCCUCACUGUUACUUUUUUCCUGCACGUGGAUUCUAGAUCGGACCGCUAGUUGUCCAGCAGAUCCGGAACAGCGUGGGCGGAAAGGAUCGAACCCAGGCCCUCGAACCCACGCCUUUGGCAGUGGGAGUAUGGAGCCCUAACCAUUGGACCACCGGGGAAUUCCCUGCUCAGUUUUCUAAUACGGGUUGGUUCCAGCAUCUACUGUUGCUGCUACUAUUAGUUCAAGCACCAUGCUGUUUACCUCAUUUUCAAAUGCUUCUACCUCCACUGCUGCUACUGGGCUCUCAUUUGGUGCCCCUACAACUUUGGCUGGAAUGCUUGAUGGUACAGCUUGGGGAUUUGGAUUAAAAUUCCCUGGAGCAGGAGGAUCAGCUGCUGUCGCAUCUACUUCUAGGACUAAGAAGGUUUUGAUCAUCUCACCAGCAUAUCCAAAAGCUACAACGUCAACCAUCACCACUACCACGGUCACCACCACCAGCACCAGCACCAGCACCACCAGUAGCUUUACCAUGAAUCUAAAACCACUGACAUCAACUGGCAUGAAUAACACUGUUCCAUUCAGCAUGACUUCUAUACCUUUUACUUUGACCAUUAAUGAAAUCAUAACUCCUGUGAUGACAUAUGGUCAGCUGGAUGGUCUUGUAAACAAAUGGAGCCUUGAGUUAGAGGAUCAAGAGAAAUACUUUCUUCACCAGGUCACCCAGGUCAAUGUUUGGGACUAUACAUUGAUUGAGAAUGGUGAGAAGAUUAUUGCUUUACAUGGAGAAGUGCAAAAGGUGAAACUGGAUCAGAAAAGGCUGGAACAAGAAUUGUAUUUUAUCCUGUCACAGCAGAAAGAACUAGAAGAUCUCUUGACCCCUUUAGAGGAGUCUGUAAAGGACCAGAGUGGGUCUCUUUAUCCGCAGCAUACAGAUGAGGAGCGUGAGAGGACUUACAGGUUAGCAGAAGAUGUAGAUGCUCAGCUGAAACGAACGGCCCAAGAUCUCAAGGACAUUAUUGAGUACCUGAAUACAUUUGGAAGUCCUGCUGACACUACUGACCCGCUCCAGCAGAUUUGCAAAAUUCUGAAUGCGCAUAUGGACUUUCUACAAUGGAUUAAUCAAACUUCAGGCAUGCUGCAAAGGAAGGUAGAAGAGGUACAAGUUUUCGACCAUCGUCAUUACAAGGAGUAGGAAUGCAAUGUCAGGAUUGCUUUUGAUUGAAUGACCCUAUCUUCAGCAUGCUGUUUUUGGAUUAUACAUUACCUACAAACUUUGAUGGUGUUUGUUAGAGUAGUAUUUACAGUUAAUAUUUAAUCUUUGGUGGCAAUAAAGGCUGCAGGUAUUUUUUUCCCUCACUUAAAUAUUGUGCUGUUGGGAAUGAUACUGUAGUGUGGCUUUUAGUAUUAGCAAAUCAAAACUAUAUCAGCUCUUCUGUCUAGACAGCAGCCUAUUUGAUGUUGACUAUGUGUGUGCAAUUCAUGCUUACUCUGCUAGAUUCCAUAUCUUACCACCAGCACGCAUUGUCCUUUUCACUCCAACCAGAUCAUAAAGAAAUGUUUGCCAAAAAAUAGAUGCCAACCAGUCUUUACUGGGUGCCUGUUAACAUUCAACAUAUAGUGUUAGCUACUGUAAAGUCUCUCUCCUCAAAAGAACUUACUGUCAUUUAUGUCAUAGAGUGUUCUGCCUAUGUUUUCCUCUAAGAGUUUGAUAGUGUCUGGCCUUACAUUUAGGUCUUUAACCCAUUUUGAGUAUAUUUUUGUGUAUGGUGUUAGGGAGUGUUCUAAUCUCAUACUUUUACAUGUACCUGUCCAGUUUUCCCAGCACCACUUAUUGAAGAGGCUGUCUUUUCUCCACUGUAUAUUCUUGCCUCCUUUAUCAAAGAUAAGGUGACCAUGUGUGUGUGGGUUUAUCUCUGGGCUUUCUCUCCUGUUCCAUUGAUCUAUAUUUCUGUUUUUGUGCCAGUACCAUACUGUCUUGAUUACUGUAGCUUUGUAGUAUAGUCUGAAGUCAGGGAGCCUGAUUCCUCCAGCUCCAUUUUUCGUUCUCAAGAUUGCUUUGGCUAUUCAGGGUCUUUUGUGUUUCCAUACAAAUUGUGAAUUUUUUUGUUCUA